AUCGGAAUUCCUUGGAUUAGUGGGAUAGUAAGAACAACAUUAUUCUUACUUGGAUUCGGAAUACCUCUUCCAAGCCCAUUCAGAUUCAACUUUGCCGCAUGGACACUGCCAAGAAAGCUUGGGAUUAUUUGCAGCAUCGAUAUCAGGCCACUGGAGUCUAUGUGGGAUUGCAUUGAUGAGGCAGACAUACAGAUUAAGCACUUUUGGUUGAUUCAGCUCUUGAUGAAGUUUGGUGCAGAAUAUGAGUCUAUGCGUGCUUCCUUGCUUCAUCGUCAUCCCUUGCCUUCCUUCGAGACAACGAUAAAGGAGAUUUUGUUUGAGGACACCUGCCUCAAGAUGCUCAAGGCUCUUACCAUUGAUUCGGCCUUAGCAGUUCCCUCUUCUACUCCUCAUCGCAGAGAUAAUUGCAAGGAUGCCCGACCACCUCAGUCUGAUAAAUGUCGCAGUUGCCCGAAUGCUGAUCAUCUUUAUAUCUAUUGCCCUAAAGUUGAGUGUCACUUCUAUCAUCAGAAAGGCCACAUCCGUUCGCAUUGUCCUACGAAUCCCAAGACUGGUCAGUCCUCUUCCAGUUUUUCCUCUGUCAUUGCUGCUGCCACUAGCGUAUCACAGUCACCUCAACGGCCUCCCACUCUUGAGGACCUACGUCACAUGCCCACUCCGGUUUUAUCAAUUCAUCCUUCAUUAGCCUCGACAUCAGGUUCAAGACACGCAGACGGGUUAGAUACUUGGGACGGGUCGCAAGAUAGGCCGCCUAUUCUGACAUUUGGGGGCCCUCUCUUGUUGCUACUCUUACUGGGUUUUGCUACUUGUGUUUUUUAUUGAUGAUUACUCUCGCUUUACUUGGAUUUACUUUAUGCGUAAGCGGUCUGAACUUGCCUCCAUUUACUCUGCAUUCGCUAAAAUGGUGCAAACUCAGUUCUCGUUUCCUAUUAAGACUCUUCACACUGACAAUGCCCUCGAAUAUAAUAAUUCUGCCUCUUUUAGUUUUCUGUCCACCCAAGGUACUCUUGUCCAACGUUCCUGUCCCUAUACAUCUCAACAAAAUGGUAGGGCAGAGUGCAAGCAUCGUCAUAUUUUAGACACAGUUCGAGCUAUGUUGUUAUCUGUCAGUUGUCCAUAUCGGUUUUAGGGUGAGGCUGUUUUUAUUGCUGUUUAUAAUAUUAACUUCUUACCCUCAUUUGUCCUUUAGGAUACCACACCUUUUGAGAGGCUCUUCCGCCAGGUACCUAAUUACUCUCAUCUUCAUCAUUUUGGUUAAGUCAGCUUUGUUCAUUUUCCUCCUCAUGAAUGUAACAAAUUAGAACCACGCACCCGCCUGUGUUGUUUUCUUGGGUAUAGGAUAGAACAUAAAGGUUAUCGAUGUUGGGAUCCUGUGUUGAAUCGUCUGUGUAUCUCUCGGGAUGUUACCUUUUGGGAGCACAAGUUCUUUUCCUUUGAGUCUAAAUUUUCCAUUCCCUUUGAGUCAGAGUCCCCGUUCUUUGUUAUGGAUUCAUCUCCUCCUUCUGUAAGUCCCGAACCCCCAUCCAUUCCUGCUGGUCUGUCUGAUGUUGAUCCUUCCUCACCAGCUGACCCUCCUGAGCAUGUGCCCGAUCCUCCGGAAAUUUCAGUUCCUACCGCCACUGAUUGGGGAUCCACCCAUGUAAGUCGUCCUCCCUCUCAUCUACUUGAUUAUCAUUGUUUUUCUGUCAUUUUAUCUCACCAUGAGCCCAGGACCUUUCUGGAGGCGAACUGUGAUCCCUUGUGGCGCGACGCUAUGUCUGAGGAAUUGCAGGCUCUUAAGAAGACCGGCACGUGGGAUAUCGUUGAUCUCGCUCUUGGUAAGAAACCUAUUAGCUGCAAGUGGGUGUAGCGCUCAAGGCUUGUAGCCAGGAGUUUUUUGUAGGAGUAUGGUAUUGAUUAUGAGGAGAAAUUUGCUCUAGUUUCUCGUUUGGCAUCUGUCCAUUGUCUUCUUGCUGUUGCCGUUGUUCGACGUAGGCAAUUAUUACAGUUGGAUGUGAAGAAUGCGUUUCUUCAUGAAGAUUUGCCUGAGGAAGUCUACAAGACCCCUCCACCUGGCUCAGAUUUUUCAAGGAAGGUAUGUCAACUGUGCCGUAUCCUUUAUAGACUAAAGCAGGCGCCCCGAGCUUGUUCGCCAAGUUUAGUGCUACGUUCCUUCAGUAUGGUUUUUCUGCAUCUCCCUAUGACUCUGCUCUCUUUAUUUGUUGUUCUCUUGCCGGGAUCAUCAUUCUCUUGUUGUAUGUGGAUGACAUGGUUAUUACCGUCGAUGAAACUUCUGGUAUAUCUGAUCUAUAGACCUACCUUCAUCAACACUUUGACAUGAAGAGUCUUGGUCAGCUCCGCUAUUUUCUCGGACUUGAGAUUUCUGACGCUCCAGAUGGCAUAUAUAUAUAUCAGGAAAAAUAUGCAUCUAAUCUCAUAUCUCAUUCAGGUCUGACUGAUAGCCAGAUUGCAUCCACCCCUCUCGAGGGGAACUGCCGACUUGCUCCUUUCGACGGCACUCCACUAGAGGAUCCGUCCCGCUAUCGGCAGUUAGUAGGAUCCCUGAUAUACUUGACGGUCACUCGCCCUGACAUAGCUCAUGCGGUUCAUGCUGUUGCUCAGUUCAUGACUAAUCCCCGGACAGUUCACUAUGUUGUUGUAUUGCGCAUCCUUCAUUAUAUCAAGGGAACGCUCCUACAUGAUCUUCAUUUUUCUGCUGACUCUCCAUUGGUUUUGUAGGUUUCUCUGAUGCUGAUUGGGCAAGUGAUCCGACUAAUCAUCACUCUAUCACAGAGUCUGAGUAUCGUGCUCUUGUGGAUUCGACUUUAGAGCUCCUUUGGCUUCGUCGGCUUCUUUCUAAUCUCAGGGUUCCUCAGCCUUCUUCCACUUCCCUCCAUUGUGACAGCACGAGCGCAAUUCAGAUCUCUCAUAAUGAUGUCUUUCACGAGCGCACCAAGCAUAAUGAGAUUGAUUGUCACUUUGUUCGUCAGCAUGUUCUUGCAGGCACUGUUUAUCUAUCUUCUGUCUCUUCCGAGGAUCAGACUACGGAUAUCUUCACCAAGUCCCUCUUCCCAGGCUGGUUCUCCACA